CCAGUUAUGAGAGAGCCGGGGAAGGCGCCACUCCCUACGCUCUCGUCCUUGUGGCACUGCCGUGUGCUGUGACUUCGCGCGGCGGUUUGCGGUGUUUAUCAGUGCUUUUUAUGUUCCUAAGGUUUGAUAAGGAAGGAAAUCUAAGGAAAAAGACAAGUGAGCUAUUUCUCAAUGUGUCUUUUGGCUCAUCGUGAAAAAUAACCAAGUGCGUGUAGUAAGUCAGUAUAAUAAAUAAAAGCAAAGAGGAAAAUUGUGCCAGCCAAGUAAGAGAGCUUUUCAGUGAUUACGGUUUCAACGCAGUGCAAGACAAUGUAGGGCAAUGAGGUAUCACUCAGAGGAAAAAAGUUAACAAUGGUUUUCUAGAAGCGAAGGUGCUCCCCCUCCCUCCGGGUGGAAGACACUGUUUGUUUAUCGGGUAAAGUAGAUUGUUGGAGGGUCCUCCGGCCGCCCACGCACGGUGUUCUAACUCCUGCACGAGAUGGCUGACUCCGGCCACAGCCCCACACCGGAGGCAGGUGGGGAAGGCUCCUCGGACCGCAUUCACUACCUCCACCAGAACAGAAAUGGUCGAGCUGGAUCUCCGAGUGAUGAAUUCCCUCCUCGCUCCCCGAGUCCCCGGUACAGAAGGUAUUCGGACUCGACCCCGACCAGGAGUCCCUCGCCGAUGCCACCGGGCGAGGAUUUCGACGAGGUGGACAGCAAGGGCCCUCGCAAGACCAAGUCGGUGUCGUUCCACUCGCACACCAACUGGAAGAGCGACAGGAAGAUCCAAAGUGGUAAGUAUUUUUGCUAUUGUUUAUAUUCAUUUUUCCCCGUAAAUAGCUUCAGUAGCCAGAUACCGGCGGAUUUUGCAUUCUCGACGCAGCGGCUUACCGUCCGACCGAGCCGGAGCCAGCCGCGAACACUUUAAAGAUGACGUUCCAACGCUUUUAUGGCUCUUAUUCGCUGUGGCCCCAAAUUUCGGAUCUGACUCGGGAAACUGCAAUAUUAAUUUUUCGUUUGUGAAACGUUGUGAAACGAACUGUACAGGUAAGAAAAAUUGAACAUUUCAUAUCAUAACUGAAAUGCAUCUAUUAACCGUUAACUUAUUCGCAAGACGGCAGACUGUUUGAUCGAUUUUAUUGUGAGGGCAAUUGUUUUGUAGUGUGUGUGUGUGUGUGUGUG